AGUGUGUUAAUUGGCAUUGUAUUUUGAAGGGCCGUAAGCGGAUGUGUAGUAUUUUACAGAGCGCAUAGUAUUUAGCUCUGGAAGAGUGAGAAAAGGAAGAAAGGACUGAAGGCUUCACGGCGGCUUGAGGAGGACACCGGCGCUUUGUCACCAUUAUUGCCCGCACUUGUAGCCCGUUUCCGCCUUCUUAACCUGGCGAAAGGUUGAACGGUUAAAAAUGGAGGCGGACAGAUCCGGCGGCGGACCAAACCCGAACUUUGGAGGCGGCGGCGGCGGAGCUGGGCGCAACCCAAACGGGCCCAAAGCAGCACCGGGCCAGGCGACACCAGCGGCGGCCACCGGGGCCGCAGCAGCAGCCGCCGCCGCCGCAGCCAUCGGAGUCAUGCCGGGGUCGUCGCAUUGUCGGGAAUCCCAGCAGGACGGCGACUCGGGAAUGAAUCUUCCCGGGAUCCUGCACUUCAUCCAGUACGAGUGGGGACGCUUCCAGGCCGAGAAAUACCGCUGGGAGGCGGAGAGGGACGAACUUCGGGCUCAGGUAGCAUUCCUACAAGGCGAGCGGAAAGGACAGGAAAACAUGAAACAGGACCUCGUAAGACGGAUUAAAAUGUUGGAAUACGCUCUCAAGCAAGAAAGGGCUAAACACCAGAAGCUGAAGACUGGAAAUGACGCGAGUCCUGGCGACAAGAAACCAGAGAUUGAAGCAGAACCACUUCCCAAUGGCCCAGCUGAGUCAGACUCGGAACCAGCCAAUCAGAUGUCAUGGAAGGAGGGACGUCAGCUACUACGCAAAUAUCUGGAGGAGGUGGGCUACUCGGACACCAUACUGGACAUGCGCUCCAAACGCGUGCGCUGUCUGCUCGGGCGAAGCAGCCCUGAGGCGAACGGGCCGCCGCCACCUGAGUCCUCCCCAGAGCCUGAGACCCGUUCCGGUGGAGAAUCAUUGUUGGUCAGACAGAUAGAAGAACAGAUCAAGAGGAAUGCGGGCAAAGAAAGCUCCAAAGAACGGCUCGGCGGUUCAGUGCUCGAUAAGAUCCCAUUCUUGCACGGUUGUGAGGACGACGACGAAGACGACAGCGAUGAGGAGGACGACUUCCAAGGCAUGGCCACGGACUGCAUCGAUGGUCCUCGCAAGAGCAAAAAGUCCCGCGUAAAGAUGGGUUCAGAGCCCAUGACCACAGACCUGGACCCGGAGGACGAUGACGACGAGGACGACUCGGAAGACGCCCUCAGUGAAUUUGACUUUCUGGGCUCCGGGGAGGAUGGGGAGGGGGCGGGAGAGGCCAGGAUCUCUGGGGACGGACGGGAGUUAGAGAACCGCAGGAACAAGUUGCAAGGCAUGAUGUCGGACUUCCCCUCAAAACCCGCCCCGCCUCCUUCUGCGUCUGGACAGGCUCGCUCCGGGGAAGGUGGCGCCUUGGGUUUCUCCUCGGACGUCUUCAUUAUGGACGCAGUCGGAGGUGGAGACAUGAACUUGGGUGAACUGGCUGAUCUCACCGUUGCCAAUGACAACGACCUCUCCAUGGAUAUGCACGAUAACCGAGAUGAGUUUAAGAAGACCUGGAACCCUCGCUUCACGCUACGGAGUCACUUCGACGCCAUCCGGGCUUUGACCUUUCACCCGACCCAAGCGGUUUUGCUCACGGCCUCUGAAGACGGAACACUAAAGCUAUGGAACCUCAAUAAGGCUAUGCACUCAAAGAAGAACGCAGCUUUAGAUGUCGAGCCCAUCUACACAUUUAGAGCGCACAGUGGUGCUGUUUUGUCACUAACCACGGGAGAAGACGGAGAUUCCUGCUACAGCGGGGGUCUGGAUGGAAGCGUGCGAUGUUGGAAGAUGCCGGACCUCAACGUAGACCCCUACGACAACUACGACCCUGGCAUCGAGAGCAGCGUGCUGGCAGGCCACGAGGACAUUGUGUGGGGUCUGACGUACUCCGCGGUCCACCGACGGCUGGCCUCGUGCUCGGCCGACGGCACGGUUCGCAUCUGGGACCCGCAGCACUCCGCCCCCUGCCUGUCGGUCUUCAACAAGGAGCGAGAGAACGGGAUUCCCACCUCCGUGGCCUUUGUGGCUUCUGACCCCAACCAGGUGGUGGUGUCGUAUGAUGGUGGCCGGACGCUGCUCUAUGACCUUAACACCGAGCAGAGCAUCAUAGCACUAGAGACGCAGACAAAGGAUGGAAGUGAGUUAAUUAACCGUGUGGUCAGUCACCCCUCUGAGCCCAUCUCCAUUACCGCACAUGAGAACCGCACCAUCCGUUUCUUAGACAACAAAACAGGUAAAGUGGUCCACUCAAUGGUGGCCCACCUGGAUGCGGUCACAUGUCUCACCACGGAUCCUAAAGGCACUUACCUCAUCUCCGGCAGCCACGACUGCUCGGUGCGCCUGUGGAUGCUGGACAACAGGACGUGCGUGCAAGAGCUCACCGCCCACAGGAAGAAGCACGACGAGGCCAUACACGACGUGGCCUUUCACUGCUCGCAGCCCUUCAUCGCCAGCGCCGGCGCCGACGCACUCGCCAAGAUCUUUGUCUGACAACACUGCUGGACACCCUCAACUGGGCCGAAAGAGACAACAGAGGACGUUAUUUCCGCCCUCACACACACACACACACACACACACACACACACACACACGGUUGUCCUGCACCCCACUGGCUGGGUUGUUGUCACAGGACGUCCCCGCCCCUCACUUCCUCACAGUUUUAUGCCUCAGUGACUUGUUGUUAUACAAACCACUCUACUUUGUUUUUUUAAAAUGACGCUAGAAGCUCCUCUGAUAAAAAUCACCUAAGGAAAAAAAAACACUUUUUUUCUACACUACAGUGCGCUAUUCUGCUCCCCCCCUCCCACCCCAACUCUACAGGUCUACUCAUUUCAAAAUCCCCCCCCGCCCACCAGGAGAAACGUGACCUCACAUGUCAUUUUAUCCGUCAACAAACUUCUGUCCAAUUGUUCCACCGGCCAGCCUAGCGGCCAUAUCCAAAACACGGUGGAGUCAUUCCAAAGACUUUUAAAGGAGCUGUGUGUGAAUACAGUGGGGCGAAAAAAGUAUUUAGUCAGCCACCGAUUGUGCAAG